CCUUUAGAGCCCAGGUUGAACCCAGGAAAUUGUGGGCACUCGUUGGGGCCUCAUCCCCCAACCGGAGGCUGGCAUCCAGAAUCCCGGGGAGCCUGGUGGGUGCAGGCGGCGUUGCCCCCGCUACAGAGGGCGCCAGCAGGGCGGGCUGAUGGCGUCCAGGCGAUCAGGAUCUGCCACCGCCCCGCGUACCCGUCCUCGAGAUCCCGGAGGCUCCUGGGGCCGCAGUGACCCUCUGGCUCCCCCCAGCCAGUCUUCCUGGGUUUCCUCUGUGGGAGACUUUUCUGGCGCCCCCAAGAAAAGCUCAGCCAUUGGACAGGUCGGUGCGGGCUGCUGGUUUCGAGUGGAGGAAGCCCGGACCUUCCCGGACUCUUCUCUCUGGGGCUGCCCAUCCCUCCGGCUGCCGGUGAGGACGCUCGCCCAGCGUUGGGCGAAGCAAAGAAGAAAAACUUGUUGGAGGGGUUUCUCCAGCCUCCACUAACCUCCCCUUCUCCCGGGAACCCCAACAACCCGCCGGGGCCAGUUUUAAAUCUGGGAAAGUUCCUCCGGUGCUCAGGGCCCUUUUGGAUCUGCAGGGCACCGGUACUGGCUGUGGAAUUAGAUCUGUUUUGAACCCAGUGGAGCGCGUCGCGGGCGCUCGGAAGUCACCGUCCCUGGAGCCCGGGUGGCGCUGCUUUCGAGAACCCGGGAGUUUUCCAGCCCGGCUGCAAGUGACCUUUCCUCCCCACACUUGCUGGUACUGUGUCGGCUGAGGACUGCGAGGGUGGCAAGUUGAGAAGAGAGCCCCCGAAGUUCGGAGAGAGCUGGGCUGCCCCUCCUUCGCUGGUCGCUGUUCUCUGCUACCGGGAGUGAAAGCUUAUCGAAACUGACCGAGGCCUUAGGAUCCCACCCGAGACCCACCCUCAGAGCUCUGCCGUUCGCCCCAUCCCCACGGAGAGCCCCGGAGCCCAGCGCGGCAAGGAAAACUCGCAGGGCAGAGGAGGGAGGUCGAGGCAGCGGAAUGGCGAGGUUCCCGAGGGCCAACCUGGCCGCAGCAGGAGUUAUGUUACUUUGUCACUUCUUAACCGACCGAUUCCUGUUCGCCCACGCGGAGCCUGGAAACCAAAUCACUGAUUGGAAGUAUGACAUUUCAAAGGCUUUUCCUCAAAGAGAAGAUGGGGUGGAUGUGGAUUCACAAUCAUACAGCCACAGGUGGAAAAGAAAUUUGGACCCUUUUAAGGCAGUGGAUACAAACAGAGCCAGCAUGGGCCAAGACUCACCAGAGCCCAGAGGCUUCACUGACCUGCUACUGGAUGAUGGGCAGGACAACACCACCCAGAUCGAGGAAGACACGGAUCACAAUUACUACAUAUCUCGGAUAUACGGCCCAACAGAUUCUGCCAGCCGAGACCUGUGGGUGAACAUAGACCAAAUGGAGAAGGACAAAGUGAAGAUCCACGGGAUACUGUCCAACACUCAUCGGCAAGCAGCGAGAGUGAACCUGUCCUUUGAUUUUCCAUUUUAUGGUCAUUUUCUACGUGAAAUCACUGUGGCAACUGGGGGUUUUAUAUACACUGGAGAAGUUGUACAUCGAAUGCUAACAGCCACACAGUAUAUAGCACCUUUAAUGGCGAAUUUUGAUCCCAGUGUAUCCAGAAAUUCAACUGUCAGAUACUUUGAUAAUGGCACAGCACUUGUUGUUCAGUGGGACCAUGUCCACCUGCAAGAUAAUUACAACCUGGGGAGCUUCACAUUCCAAGCAACACUCCUCAUGGAUGGACGCAUUAUCUUUGGAUACAAAGAAAUACCUGUCUUGGUCACCCAGAUAAGUUCCACCAACCAUCCAGUGAAAGUCGGGCUGUCUGAUGCAUUUGUCGUUGUCCACAGAAUCCAGCAAAUCCCCAAUGUUCGAAGAAGAACAAUUUAUGAAUAUCACCGAGUAGAACUACAAAUGUCAAAAAUUACCAACAUUUCAGCAGUGGAGAUGACCCCACUCCCCACAUGCCUCCAGUUCAAUGGUUGUGGUCCUUGUGUAUCCUCUCAGAUUGGCUUCAACUGCAGUUGGUGCAGUAAACUUCAAAGAUGCUCCAGUGGAUUUGAUCGCCAUCGGCAGGACUGGGUGGAUAGUGGAUGUCCGGAAGAGGUACAGUCCAAAGAGAAGAUGUGUGAGAGCACAGAGCCAGCGGAGACAUCUCAAACUACCACAACCUCACACACAACAACCAUGCAAUUCAGAGUCCUGACCACCACCAGGAGAGCCAUGACAUCCCAGCUGCCCACCAGCCUGCCCACGGAAGAUGACACCAAGAUAGCACUGCAUCUCAAAGAUAAUGGAGCCUCCACAGAUGACAGUGCAGCUGAGAAGAAAGGAGGAACCCUCCAUGCUGGCCUCAUCGUUGGAAUUCUCAUCCUGGUCCUUAUUAUAGCAGCGGCCAUUCUGGUGACAGUUUAUAUGUAUCACCACCCAACAUCAGCGGCUAGCAUCUUCUUCAUUGAGAGACGCCCAAGCAGAUGGCCAGCAAUGAAGUUUCGAAGAGGAUCGGGACACCCUGCCUAUGCGGAAGUUGAACCAGUUGGAGAGAAAGAAGGUUUUAUUGUAUCAGAGCAGUGCUAAAGUUUUAGGACAGAGCAGCACCAGUACUGGCCUACAGGUGUUAAGACUAAACUUUGCUUAUACCUUUAAAACAGACAGACACACACCCGCAGCCACAACAAAGGAGCCCUAAAUGGCUGUAGCCAGAAGGGAGACAAGAUUUCUGGACAAGCCCAGCCCAGGAACAUUGAAAGGAAAACUCAGACUUGUACAAGACACCAUGUACACUGAAUAUAAGAUUACCUAGUAGAAUGGCAUCCAUGGUUCACAAGGAACAUCUGUGGACUUGCUGGAAGUGUGACAAGAAUACAAUGUUUUUGGUUUAGGUGCAGGGUUGCAAAGGGAUCAAGGAAAGAAUAAUGAUAAUAAAUAAAGCUUUAGUUCACAAGGGAUCUAUACCUUUGGUUCAAAUGUUCUUCUCUGAUGUCUCAAAGAUAACCAUGUUCCAAAGCCUAAAUAAUUUCACUGGAAAGAGCAAUGAUGAAUGUUUCAAGAUUUGCUCACAGGAGAGCAAAACCAAUACAAAUGGAGGUUUUUCUAUCUUUUCCAAAACAGACUUUCGGCAAAAGGAUUUUAUUUUUUGCUCUAGAUGCAGUUGUUCCAAAAAGUUCAUUACUUCGCAGGAUGAAUCUUUUAUCUAUUCAAAAGUUCACUAUGCCUGCCUCUUUCUUGGUAAUGAACACCCUUUCUGUGAGCUGCAACAGUUUCCAAAUGUUAAGCUAAGGACUAGUGAGGAGGGCAUAGCCAGUGAGGUUUUCCAUUCUCUCACUUCAGAAUAAAAGUUUUCAGAGGCACCCUGCCUCCUCUCACA